AUGCCGCUCAUCGAUAGGAUCACUCCAACAGAUCUACAGACUACAAGGAUUCGAAUAGCGCAACUGGUCGAAGGCACCAGUUUGGCGGACGUAAUGACCACCUUUGUCUGCGCAGUCGAGGAAAUGGACGGCGCUACCGCCGAUGGCCUGUGCCUCAAUGUUAAAUUAGUCCGAGUAAUUAGACCCCCUGUACACAUCCCUACCAAGCAAGAAGCACAAGAUGGAAGCCCCCUCUUGCACCGAAUUUCUAAACGUCCCCGAGCCUAA